CCCCAGAGGCUGGAUGCAGAGCAGCUGCCUCGAGCUCCAGCCGCCGUGGCCUCCUCUGGCGUCUACGCGACAAGCAGUUGCGCCUAGGCCUUUUUGAGAUCGACCCGGGGCAUGAGCUGCACCAGAUGACGUGCAUGAUGCAGGCAGGGCUGUGGGCUGCCACCCAGGUCUCCAUGGACCACCCGCCCACGGGACCGCCCACUGAGGAGGAUUUCUCCGAGGUCCUGACCCAGGUUCAUGAGGGCUUCGAGGUGGGCACCCUGGCUGGCCCGGUCUUCGCCCGGCUGCGGCGUUCCCUAGGCCUGGCGGAGGAGGAUUAUCAGGCUGCGCUGGGCCCCGGCGGCCCCUACCUGCAGUUCCUCAGCACCUCCAAGAGCAAGGCCAGCUUCUUUCUUUCCCACGACCAGCGCUUCUUCCUGAAGACCCAGCGGCGCCACGAGGUGCAGGUGCUGCUCGCCCACCUGCCCCGCUACGUGCAGCACCUGCAGCGGCACCCACAUUCGCUGCUCGCGCGCUUGCUGGGAGUGCACAGUCUUCGGGUCGCCCGGGGAAAGAAGAAAUACUUCAUCAUCAUGCAGAGCGUCUUCUUUCCCGCCGGCCGCAUCUCCGAGAGGUAUGACAUCAAGGGCUGUGAGGUGAGCCGCUGGGUGGAGCCGGCCCCUGAGGGCAGCCCCAUCGUCCUGGUGCUGAAAGACCUCAACUUUCAGGGCAAGAGCAUCAACCUGGGGUCCCAGCGGAGCUGGCUCCUCCGCCAGAUGGAACUGGACACCGCCUUCCUCCGGGAGCUCAACGUGCUGGAUUACAGCCUCCUGAUGGCCUUCCAGCGUCUCCAUGAGGAUGAGAGGGGCCUGGGCAGCAGCCUCAUCUUCCGCACAGUCAGGUCUGUGCGAGGGGUCCAGAGCCCGGAGCAGUCGGGAGCCCAGAACCGCCGGCUGCUGCCCGACGCCCCCAACGCCCUGCACAUCCUGGACGGGCCGGAGCAACGCUAUUUCCUGGGCCUCGUGGACCUCGUCACGGUCUACGGGCUCCGCAAGCGGCUGGAGCACCUGUGGAAGACCCUGCGCUACCCGGGCCGGACCUUCUCCACAGUCAGCCCGGCUUGCUACGCCCGUCGCCUCUGCCAGUGGGUGGAGGCGCACACCGAGUGACCGGCGCCGGGGCCCGCUCUCCCCGUCCGGACAAUGGGCGCACGCCGGGAACGCCAGUUCCAGCCUGGCGCGGGCAGCGGGUUGGGCUCCCCUCGCCUGCUGUUCCUCCCGUUCGCCUCCAGAGGGCGGUCUCCCCUAACUAAUACGAUGGCAACACAGCCUCCUUCGAUGGUGAUGCUGUGCCCGGCGUUGUGCCAGGGACUCCCCUACAUUAGCUCAUUUAAUCCUCAAAAAAUGCUGUUAUUCUCUUUUUACAGACCAUGAAAUGGAGGCUCAGGGGGUGAAGGGACUGAGAUCAUUCAGCAAUAAAAGCUGGAACCAGGACUCAA